GUACCAGUACUUGACUAAUGAGUAAUGACUAUUGUUCUGUGUGAUUCUCUCUCUAAUCUAUUGUAUUUUUUCUGAAAAUAAACAAUCAUAAUACAUGAAUAAAUAUUAAAGAUUGCAGCUUUCUACACUUUUGGACGUGUAUUUUUUUCUUUUCUCUAGCUGAGCAAAAAAGUCUCCUCUUUCACACCCCCCAAAAAACACUCUUUUUUUUCUCAUCAUAACCCCUAUGAAAAUUGAAGAAUCUAGGGUUUGAGUUUGACACUACACAAUAAUAAGUGUAAAGAUCCAAUCUUUAUUGCUUUUUUUUCUUAUUAAAUGCUAUUGUUGCUGCUUUUAUGCUGAUUUUCUCAUCUGGGUAUGUUUUAUUUUCUGUUAAUUUCAUUCCUAUAGUUCAAUCUUGAUUUCCUAGCUGGUAUUGUGAGCAUGGUUUCUUUUUGAGUUUAGUUUCUUGAAAUUUCAAUAAAAAGAACCAAUUUUUUUCUUGCAAAUGGGUGUCUAUUGCUUCUGUUUUCCUUCUUUUUCUUUUUCUCAUAAUUUUCUGGUUGAUUGAAAUUCUGUUUCUUAAUUUUUUCAAUAACCGUGGUGUUCGGGCCAGCUUGCACACCUUAACUAAAUUAAUGGGGUAUCUGCUACCUCCGACCAGCAUAGGUAGCGAUUUUUGUAGGGGGUUGUAGUUUUUCUUGUGUUUUUGGGUCAAGUACUUUGAUAUUAGGAAUUAAAGUUCCAUUUUUUUUUCUUUCAUUUUUAUGUAUUUUGGGGUUGAGAGUGGUACAAUGGAGGAAAUAGAAGAAGCUAACAAGGCUGCAAUUGAGAAUUGUCAUAGAGUUAUUAGUCUUUUAUCUAAGCCCCAUGAUCAGAAUCAGUAUGGGAAUUUAUUAGUUAGAGAAACUGGAGAAGCUGUACACAAAUUCAAGAAAGUUGUCACUCUUUUGAAUUCAACUUUAGGUCAUGCAAGAGUGAGGAAAAUGAACAAAUUUAAGACCCCUUUACCUCAUAACAUCCUUGUGGAAAACCCAAGUUGCAAAAUUGAUGAUCAGCACAAACAUCUUCGGUUACUUCCUAUCGACUAUCGUGAAAAUCGAGUCCUAGAGAUUGGUUCUAAUGUGAAAUGCAAUCUAACUUUGGGUAGCUCUUCACUAGAAUUAAGUUCAAAUAGUAGAAAUCCCCUUAAUUUUGGCCAACAGACGCCUUUGCCGAGCUAUAACUAUCUUCAACAGCAGCAGCAACAACAACAACGGCGGUUUCUACUUCAGCAGCAGCAAUUGAAACAGCCGGCGGAGAUGAUGUACAGGCGCAGCAAUAGUGGCAUUAGUCUAAAUUUUGAUAGCUCGAUAUGUACUCCGACCAUGUCUUCGACUAGGUCGUUUAUCUCUUCACUGAGUGUGGACGGUAGCAUUGCUAAUUUGGAUGGUAGUAGCUUUCAUUUAAUUGGAGCUUCUCGCUCUGCGGAUCAGAGCUCGUUCCAACAUAAGAGAAGGUGCUCCGCAAGGGGAGACGAGGGAAGCGUGAAAUGUGGAAGCAGUGGGAGAUGUCAUUGUUCAAAGAAGAGGAAACAUAGGGUAAAGAGAUCAAUCAAGGUUCCUGCUAUAAGUAACAAGCUAGCCGAUAUUCCUGCCGAUGAAUAUUCUUGGAGAAAGUAUGGACAGAAGCCGAUCAAAGGUUCUCCACACCCUAGGGGAUACUAUAAAUGCAGUAGCAUGAGAGGAUGUCCUGCGAGGAAACAUGUGGAGAGAUGCUUGGAAGACCCUUCAAUGCUUAUCGUAACAUAUGAAGGUGAACAUAAUCAUCCGACAUUGCCAUCGCAAUCGGCUAAUGCAUGAAAUCUAUCGGAACCUUUUAGCAAAGAUUAUCACAAUCAUCGACAGCUUCUGCUUACUCUGUUAUUGAUUGGCCUCGCAUUGUUACUGUACAUAUUUUGCUUGUUUAAGUUUUGAAGUAAGGAUGGGGCCAAAGUUAUGGUUCAUUGGGGGGCUAUUUGGUAUUUGGAGGGUAAAACAUGAAGCCAGGAUUAGGAAGAGGUAUGCUUCAAGAUUCAAUUUUCCUGAUUGUAAGAAUAUUUCCUCAUCAAGCAUGACUCCUUGUCGAAAAAUCUUAGUACUUUUGGAGGUUUAGAUUUGUUACAAUGCCAAGGGAAGUUAUAUUC